AUGCUAUCAGUGCCUCCUAAUGUGAGCAAAUUUGAAGAGGAACUGUGUCAGCUGUUGAAUGAGGAUCAUUAUAACAGCAGUAAGCAAACAACAGGCACAGUAACAAACCAAUGCAUAAAUAUUGCGGAACGUCGGCUCAAGAUUUCUAUCCACAAUGGAUGGAGCUACAUUGGUAAGCAGCAUACAGUACAUCUUGAUCUUGAUUAUGGUAAUUCUUCUAACUCUGUGAGCAGGAUCCAGUCCAGUCCAAGUGUAAGACGUCGGGUCAUGCAUCGCAGAACCCCGUCAGGAAGUUCAAACAGUUCCAGUUCAGCCACUGGUUUGCUUUUGAAUUCUCCAUGUCUCCUAGAGAAUCUAGUAGAUUCUCCUCAAUGUUCUGUAGUAUUUUCCUUGGAAUAUGUUGUGACUGAACCACUUAUGGAAGAACAUAUGAAGCUCGUUCAUUCCAUGCCACGUGCCUUGAAUAGAGUAUUGCUCAUUAGGUGGUGUGUGUGGAAACCAUUUGACUUGACUAGUUCAGGCCAAGAAAUGGUUGGCAACUUGCUCAAUGUUCCUUUGUUUGCUGGACCAUGUCCGAAUCCUGAUGAAGUAUUUGUGUACAAAGGACCUUCUACCGAAAUGCAUGAUGAACACUUGGCUCGGUUGGCACCAGGAAUGAUUCAGUUUAGAGUCCUAUUGCAGGAACAGGGUUAUGAUAGCAGUGCUGGGGAGGAUCUGACUGUGAAAACUGAGAAUCUCACACGACAAAAUGUUACGGGCAAACCACCUUUACCAUCACAAUCUCCCAGGUUACAAACCAAUAAGAGCCACUUGCUUCAACAGAUACCACCACAACAGCAUCAACAACUCCAUUCUGUUCCACAGCAAGGUGUUCAUGUAAUGGCUGGUUACACAGCUGCUGCUUAUCCAUCUACUUCACCUGUAAUGAAUAUGCAACAACAGCCAAGUUUUAAUGUUACACCUUUUACAGGUGUUUCUCAACAUCAAGUCACUGCUUCAAAAUAUCCAGUUGCUGUUGUCGGCCAAUUAGCAGAGCAAAUGGGUGCCUUGACAACCACAGACCUGACAGAAUUACAAUACACACCAUCCCAUGCCUCUGUGGUAGUACAAGUACCCCAAACAGACAGCACAAGGUCCUUGUCUCGUGCUAGCUACACUCGUCUAUACAAUGCUGGGUUCACUUCCCUGUUGGAUCGGAAUGGUGAUCCUCCUGAAGUUAUUGAUCCAGAGAAAGAAGUAAAAAUGCUCCCUUUAUCUAAACAAAUCCAAGAUCCGCUUUCUUGUAAUGAAAUUGUGUUCCAGUUUUUGGCAUUUUCAAAGCUGCUGGAUUAUUCAUCCACUGAUGUUGGCAAAGGACCAAGUACUAUGUUUUUCACGUUCCAGUUUUACAAAUAUCCGCCACUUACUACAGAACGGCUUGUUUUGUGUAAAAAUUCAGACAAGUACAAACGAAAGGAUCAACCUGCACUUUAUAUCUUGAAUAAAGUCAAUAAAGAUGGCACUCCACUUAAGACUUCACCAGGUUAUGAAUUGCGGUAUUUUGUUGAUCCUUGUUUCUUGAAACCUGGUGAACCUCUCCUGUUUUUGCAACAUCUUCAGCAACAAACAUUACAUAUUGACGUCUGGGAUGGAGAUUCUCUAUUGUUGAUAGGUUCUUGUUCAGUACCACUUAAGUAUGCGUGUCGCAAUGGUCAUGAGGCUGUCCAGUGUACUGUAGAACUUGAUGUGUUGAACACAGAGUAUGAUGAAGAUAUUGAUGAGAUCAGUGAUGACCUUGGCAAAUUGAGAGGCAUUCAACCAUAUGGUGUAGCUGCCAUUUGCAAAGGUCAGCUUCACUUUAGAAUAGCCAAUAUAGGACACCCACCAACAAACCCUUCUGAAUCAGACCCAGUAAUAACAGAACUGCCUGUUAAAUCUCAUGUGAUAUUUUCGCAUCUGUGUGGAAAAUCUGAGUUUCAAGGAGGAAGUCUUGUGUCUGGAAAAAAGAAAGUUGAUGGAAUAAAGAAAAGGGUGGCUCGAGCAGGCCAUUUACUAAAUACUCACCCUGAGCUGAGAACUGUCAUUGCUUCUCCCAAAACCGGUGUGAGCAGCACAAUGCCAUCUCCAAGAAAUGGAACGAAGGAUGAAAAUACUGAUGAAAGGAAACGGAAAUUAGCACGAAUGGAAAUUGUACGAGACAUGUUAGGUACUGACAAGAAAGCAGCAACUUUUGUGGUAAGUAUAGCACCUCAUCCUCUUUUUUCUUUUUCUCCUUCAUUCUCUAUUCUUCAUAAUAUAACACUUCAUUAUCUUUUUUCUUUUUCUCCUUCAUUCUCUAUUCUUUAUAAUAUAACACUUCAUUAUCUUUUUUCUUUUUCUCCUUCAUUCUCUAUUCUUUAUAAUAUACCACUUCAUCAUCAUUGCUUUUCUUUUUCUCCUUCAUUCUCUAUUCUUCAUAAUAUACCACUUCAUCAUCUCGUUUCUUUUUCUCCUUCAUUCUUUAUUCUUCAUAAUAUACCACUUCAUCCUUUUCUCUUUUCAUUUUCUCCUUCAUUCUCUCUUCUUCAUAAUAUAGCACUUCAUCAUCAUCUCUUUUCUUUUUCUCUUUCAUUCUCUAUUCUUUAUAAUAUAGCACUUCAUCAUUGCUUUUCUUUUUCUCCUUCAUUCUCUAUUCUUCAUAAUAUAACACUUCAUUAUCUUUUUUCUUUUUCUCCUUCAUUCUCUAUUCUUUAUAAUAUACCACUUCAUCAUCAUUGCUUUUCUUUUUCUCCUUCAUUCUCUAUUCUUCAUAAUAUACCACUUCAUCAUCUCGUUUCUUUUUCUCUUUCAUUCUUUAUUCUUCAUAAUAUACCACUUCAUCCUUUUCUCUUUUCAUUUUCUCCUUCAUUCUCUAUUCUUCAUAAUAUACCACUUCAUCAUCAUCUCUUUUCUUUUUCUCCUUCAUUUUCUAUUCUUCAUAAUAUACCACUUCAUCCUCUUCUCUUUUUCUCCUUCACUCUAUUCUUCACUCCUCUUUUGAGGAGAGUGUGA